AUGGCGGAAGAGUUCGAUGCGGCCGACUAUCUAGCGGCAGAGUCAGCAGUGCAACAACCUGCGCAGCCGCAGGGGUCUGGCACUCCUACAACGACCGGCGCACCCAAAGUCGUCCAGCCGCGGCCGCAAGCACUACCGCAGAGACAAGGCCCUUCUGCCAUCCUGGUCUCGACUCGACAAAAGGGGAAUCCGAUCCUGAAGCAUGUCACCUCUGUCCCAUGGGAAUGGGCGGAGAUCCCUUGCGACUAUGUCCUUGGUGCCACGACCUGCGCACUUUUCCUCUCACUCAAAUACCACCGCCUGCACCCCGAGUACAUUUACAGUCGCAUACGCCAGCUCGGAAAGCUGUACAACCUCCGUGUGCUGCUGACGAUGGUGGACAUCACGAAUCACGAAGAGGCGCUGAAAGAGUUGGCGAAGACGUCCAUGAUCAACAACCUGACCCUCAUUCUGUGUUGGUCGUCCCAGGAAGCAGGCCGCUACUUGGAACUCUACAAGUCCUACGAGCAUGCCUCGGCUGCCUCCAUCCGAGCCCACCAGGCAGAGACCUACCAAGAGAGUCUGACCGAGUUUGUCACCACGCCCCGCACCAUCAACAAGACCGAUGCCGCAAGCCUCAUAUCCAACUUCGGUUCUCUGCGGGCUGCGGUCAACGCGCAACCGGAAGAGCUGGCGCUGGUCCCGGGCUGGGGUGAGAAGAAGAUCAAGGCUUGGGUUACGACGGUUCGCGAACCAUUCCGUGUGAGAAGAGCUGCGAAAUCUAGCGCUGCGCUGUUGCGGCAGGAGAGUACUAUGGCGUCUGAUGGAGCAUCCACUCCGGCUGAGACAUCGGGAGGCGCGGCCACUCCCAUUGCCAUUCCCAUUGGCACUGUGCCCAGCCUGAGCAGACAGGCCUCCAGCGCAGUAAAUACUCCGCAACAUACUGAGGCCGGUCCGAGCCAGAAAAGGCCUCGACUAGAGGAGUUACCGGUUGACGACUUUAUGUACGACGAAGAGGCUGCGUUACUGGCGCUCGCCGAAGAAGAGGCCAGGAUGACAGACGCCGAGAAGCCCAAGGCCGCCCAAGCAGUGACUAGAAAAGAACCCGAACUCAGCGAGGGUGUCAUGGCUGCAUUGGCUAAGUUGCGACAAGGGGGUUGA